AUGAGCAGCAGCAGCAGCAGCAAGACAAUCCUCAAGCUGCAGCAGCUGCUGCAGCAAACAGCCCUCCAGCGCCAGCAGGGCCUCAAGGCAUCAGCAGCUCUCGCCUGUCUGCGUAGCAGCAGCAGCAGCAGCAGCAGCAGUAGCAGCAGCAGCGGCAGAUAUGGCAGUAGCUGGUGCAGCAGCAGCAGCAGCAGCAGAGGAUACAGUAACUGGAGCUGCUGCUUCUCUUGCGGCUGCAGCCUUCGUGCACUGCAGCAGCAAAGACUGCUGCCUUUAAGCAGCAGCAGCAGCAGCAGCAGCAGCAGCCGCUGCUGUUUUUCAUCUCGCCCCACCCAGCCAGAAGGGGACCCUCGACUGCAGCAGCAGCAAGAGGAGCAGCAGCAGCAACAGCAGCAGCAGCAACAGCAGCAUCAGCAGCACCCACAGCAGCAGCAGCACGAUGUGCAGCAGCAACAGCCACAGCAGCAGAACCAAGACUCGCAGCAGCAGCAGCAGCAGCAGCAGCAGCAGGAUGGCAUGACUGGUCCUUUAGUUCAUACCCCCGAGACCGCUGCAGCAAAUGCAACAGCAGCAGCAGCAGCAGCAGCAGCUGCUGCUGCUGCUGCUGCUGCUGCUGACCUCAAUGCCUUACGCUUCCCCAGCGUUGAGCAUGACUGGGCUAUGACGGCUUUGUUGUAUUUGCAGAUGGAGAGGAAGAGGAGACAAAAGGCUGGUGUCUCCGUGUAG